AUGACAAGUCAAGGCUACUCGCCCUACGCUUACCUCUCAGGGUCACAGAGCCAGCAACAGUUACCCGCCCCACGUCCAUCCUCUACUUCUACCUCUGCCUCAUCCUCAACCUAUGAAAGCCAAGGAAACCACCUGCAGGCAUUGGAGCGAGCAGAGGAAAAAAGGACCGAAACUGGAGGCGAACUGGACUACACUGAACUCGGGACACUUUUGCGAGAGAAGUUGCGAAAGCUUGCCGCUUUCAACUCCAUUUUCAGCAGCGGGCGUCCGAUUACGUAUGAACACUGCGGGGUGAAUCUCGAGGAAGCCCGCCAAGCUUUCUCUCUGUUGGUGGCUAUGCCCAACUCGAUUGCUCUGGCUGUCAUGACAUCGGUGGAGGCGAUAUUGAAGCGUCCUGGAAAGUAUGUGCACCGCAAGACAAACUUCAUUCAUGGAUUGGAAAUCAAGGACAAGGAGGAUCUCAAGUUCAUCAUGCUGAUGUUUGAGUGCCCGUGGCUUACUCGACACAGGACACCGCAGGAGUCAGAAUACCACCACAACAUCACGAAGCGACUCUUCACCAUUAUCAGCAACUUGCCAAGCGACUUGCACAAAUACCUGUCGAGCUGGUUCACAAACUGUCUGUCGACCCAGAUUUUCCACAACCGGAUCAACUUUGUCAACAAGUUUAUUACACAGCGACUCUCGAACCAGCAAAAGUCAACAGAUCGCAACCAGCACAUUAUUUACCAGAGCGACCCCAGGAUUCAGGCAGCAGCAAGAGUGAUGCACCUCUUUUUCAAGGCGAAUCAACCCAACGAAAAGGACUUGCCGGAGUUCGGAGGCAAGAACCGUUCUGGAGAUGACUUUGUGAUCGUCCCCUUCUCCAAGGACUCAGCGACGAAAUCCCAAAAAAUUCCCAUUGACGAAUACUACAACAUGAUUGUCGAUCUGAUCGAACUUCCGGUUGACUUUUGCGCCUGGGAAUCACGCUCAACUAUGUUCACGUUCUGCCAGUACCCAUUCUUGAUUUCAAUGGGAGCCAAGAUGCAAAUCAUGGCAUGGGACGCAAAGAGACAGAUGGAGAUCAAGAUGCAAAAGACGAUCGAGGCGUUGGUGAUGCAGAAGCGACUUCGUGCCAGCGAGAAUGGAGGAGAUGCGACUGGGAUUACAUUGUUGACUCAGGCGGAACUCCAGCAGGCACCCUUGUUGAUCUUGAAGGUCCACCGCAACAACUUGAUCGAGGAGUCAUUGACGCAGCUUUCCCGCAACGAGAUGGAUUUGAAGAAGUCCUUGCGUAUCGAGUUUGUUGGAGAGGAUGGCGUUGAUGCAGGAGGAUUGAGGAAAGAGUGGUUCCUGCUCCUUGUGCGGCAGCUAUUUGACCCGCAAUAUGGCAUGUUCAUUUACGAUGACCAAUCGCAGUACUGCUGGUUCAACCCAGCCUCGUUCGAGUCCCUUGACCAGUUCUACUUGGUCGGAGUCGUUAUUGGUUUGGCCAUUUAUAAUUCGACGAUUCUAGACCUGCCUCUGCCCCUCGCCGUGUACAAGAAGCUGCUCAAUAUACCUGUUGCCUUGGAGGACCUGGCAACAUUCCGUCCUGACUUGGCAAAAGGAUUCGACCAGCUUUUGAACUACGAGGAGGAGGAUGUCGAGGAUGUGUUUUGUCUCAACUUUGUGGGAUCGUACGAAGCAUAUGGCGAGAACGUGGAAGUUCCACUGAUACCUAACGGCGACGAUAUCCCUGUUACCAACCUCAACAAGCGACAAUAUGUGGAGCGUUAUGCCAACUUCAUCAUGAACAAGAGCAUUUCUGACCAAUUUGAAUCGUUCCGUCGUGGAUUCUACUUGGUCUGUGGAGGGCAUGCACUGUCUCUCUUCCGACCCGAAGAGAUUGAGUUCUUGGUCCGGGGUAGCGCAGAACCUUUGGACAUUGACCAACUGCGCUCAGUAACGGUCUAUGAGGGAUUUAACGAUGACCACGAAGUGAUCAAGUAA